AUGCCUCCAGGGACUACCAAAGAAGAGACCCUCUACCACGGUAGGGACAAGUACAGACCCGCGACUACGACAGAUCAUGACUCACACAAAUCAAAGACCAACGAAGCCGGAAGUGUGGUCAAACCAUCCUGCGCAGAGUUCGCAAGCCUAGCUAUAUCAUGUAGACGGGGUCGAGUCGGUCGAGUCAUGCAUGGAAUAUCCAGUGGGUCCGCACAGCGCGCCAAGAUGCCUGUUCUCCUCCCCGGUACAGCCAAGCAUGUAGCAUGCGUACACUAUGCUGAAAAAGUCAAAAAGAAGAGUGGCCUGUAUGAUAUAGCAAUCGCCCUUAGAAGAGACACGAGUCACGAAUAUGGCGCCGUCGAAACGUACAACGCACAAUGCAGCAGCACCUGUUCCUACAACGGCAGUCCGCCACGCUCCUCCCACUACAAAGCCCCCUCUCCGCAACUCUCGCCCUCGCCUAUCAUCAUCUCCAAUGAUAACGACAACAACAACGCAACAUCGACGCCCGCGCGCCACAUGCUCGACCUCGAACUCCUCCACCACUGGACGACACACACAUACGCAACCAUGGUCGCCGUGCCCCAAGACGCAUUCUACCUCGCCGUCGAGGUGCCCCGUGGCGGCAUGCAAUACUCCUAUAUGCUCCACGGCAUCCUGGCCAUAUCCGCGCUCGAAAAGGCGUAUCUGACCAGUACCAACAACGACAUCAACAACACCAGCAGUAACACAGCGACAACAGCGACAUACCUCCGCGCCGCAAUGGAAUACUACGACACCGCCAGCGCCUCGUUCCGCGGCCAGAUAGGCGCCAUCACAGAGCAUAGCGCGCACGUCUUUUACAUGUUUAGCAUGCUUGUUGGUAUGAUCAAUCUUGCGAUUCCGCAAUUUCGCAACAAAAACAACAACAACCCCGCCAUCGACGACGAUGUUACAGAGUGGUGCAGCAGCGGUAGUAGCAGCGUACUGGGCCAUAUAGGCACGCUGUUCGCGCUAUACGUACACGGCGCCGCAAUGGCAGUCGGGCAUUGGGACUGGCUGAUGACAUCCCCGCUAGCACCCAGUCUGGUAUCUGCAAUGGAACUGAUCAGGAUGGCGCCGCGCGGGGACUUGGACGCGGAUACACAGCUUGCGAUGGCGCGGGUUGCGGAGGUUGUUGCGCUUGCUACCACUCCUACCCCUAUUCCUACCACCACCACCACCGACACAGGCACGACGACGGCGACAAUACCCCCACAACCACAACCCCCACAAGACCUAACCUACCCCCUCGCCCUCUCCUCGCUCAACCUCUGCUUCGUCGAAACCGCCAAAGACGCAAUCAAGUUCUUCUGCAUCUCGUUCCCCUUCGCGGCAGGAAGGGCGUAUACACGUGCGCUGGCGCGGCGCGAGCCGCUGGCGUUGUUCUUGCUUAUGCAUUGGGCUGUGCUGUUGGAUCGGAUGGGGAGGGAGGCGUGGUGGGCGAGGGCGGUGGGGAGGAGGCUUGUGGUGGAGAUUGCCGGGGUGUUGGAGCGGGAGGGGGGGUUUGAGGGGUGUGAGGCCUGGUGGGAGGGGAUUGAGUGGUGUAGGGGGAGGGUUGGGUGUGGGAGGGGGGAAAGGGGAGAGGGUAGUGGUGGGUUGAUUGGGGGGUGGGAGAUGUGA